AUGAGCACUCCGCAGGUGAGCUCGCGCGGUUCCCCACUAUAUUCAUACACGAUACAUAUCAUAGAUCGACACAUAUCAUAGUCGUUCACGGAAUAGAUAUUACAGGGAUUAUGUAAGGGUGAGAAACGGAGAAAGUUUGCAUUUGACGGUGAACGGCAACGUUUUUCAAACAGACAACUCUGUGUCGAAAGAAGCUUCUAUUUUUCCAUUGUUCUCUUUCUUUUCUUUUUGCUUUCUGCUUUUUUUCUUGCAGAGUCUCCUCGACUCUGUCUCUUGACGUACCCACGACUAGGGCGUUAAAGUCGUAGCCAGUCAGUCAGAGGAGCCGUGUCUUUGCUGCAACUACGACAAGACCGGUUGUUACGAUAACUUGCGUUUAUCGUCACAGCCUAUCGUGUAAUACUGCUUUCACUUUGCACUUUCUCCCGUUAUGACGUUAUGACGUUAUUAACCUCUCCUUGCACAACGUGAAUCACAUUCGACGCAGGGAAACGCACAGAUACCUCACACGAUACACGAAACAACGUCUUGAAACACAGUACAGUUUGUACAGUAACUACGUUUCUACCUUUAGAAGCUUGUAUUACUCGCCCUGGUGGCGACAGCUCUAGCCGGCGACGUUAAGGAAUCGAGCCCCGAGACGAAGAAACCGGCCGCCGAGACAACGAAAGAAAAGAGCAAACGAGGAUUGGAGCUGAGUCUCGGAGGUGGCGGUGGCCUAGAGAGUUACGGAGGCUUGGAUGGACACGAAGGUUUGAGUCUCGGCGGAGACCUGGGAGGACACGGAGUUCGCGUACCGCAGCCGUAUCCAGUGGAGAAAAGCGUACCCGUACCGUACGCGGUUCCGGUUAAGAUUCCCGUGGAGCGGCCAGUCCCGGUGCACAUACCGAAACCUUAUCCAGUCCCAGUAGAAAAACCAGUACCAGUGCCAGUGGAGAAACCGGUCCCAGCGCCGUACACCGUGCCCGUCAAAGUGCCCGUCAAGGUGCCUGUCCCGUACAGCGUGCCCGUAAAGGUUCCAUUCCCGGUCGAAAAGGAGAUUCCUUAUCCAGUCAAGGUUCCUGUCGUCGUUAAGGAAUCGUACCCUGUUCUGGUUAGCAGUGGUCACGGCGGAGGCGGCGGUGGCGGCGGCUUUGGAGGUGGAUUUGGAGGACACGGCUUUGGAGGACACGAAUUGUCCUUCGGUUUACAUCAUUAG